AUGUCCAUUGAAUUUUCGAAGACGUUCGUAAACCAGAGAUCUUCGCCGAAAAAUGUCCACCACUGUACUAUCUGUCCAUACUUCACAUCAUCGAUGUUUCUUAUGAUAAACCACGUUCGGAGCCACCGUACUUCAUUGUUACCUUUUAACUGUGAAGACACCACUGUUGAAACGUAUUGUUGCAAGGAUUGUGGUUUUCAAACUUACCUUACGGUUCUUUUCAAGUACCAUAUUAGGAAACAUCAUCACAUCAUAGCAGAAAAUUGGAAACAUUCACCAGAUGAAGAAUUCAUCAUUCAGAACUAUAUUUGUAAAAAAUGCAACUUUGAAACACAUUCUCUAGUUAAACAGCUCCAACAUGCUGCUACAUGUUUAAAUGAAAAUGAAAGUCCUCAAGAGUUUAGUUUUGUAGAUAAUGCUAAAAAGAAUGUGGAUAAAUGGUACAACUGUACUCAAUGUGGGCGCACGUUCAAGUGCAAAAGAUCUGUAAAAACACACAAAAUUAUAGUGCAUUCAAAUGAUGAGGAAGGUUGGUAUCACUGUGCAGAAUGUACAUAUAAAUCUAAAGGAAAAAUCAAUCUUAAAAAUCACAUAGUCUCUCGGCAUACAGAUGCGCAGAGUAUUAAAUGUUUAAGAAGACACGUAAUUUUACAUCUGGAUAAACAAGAUAUUAAAUGGUAUUAUUGCAAAAACUGUUCAUUUAAAACUAAAGAUAACUCCACUUUAAGAAGGCAUAUAAAUGCAAUCCAUUUAGAUGAACAAAGUAUUAAAUGGUAUGAGUGUAAAAUGUGCCCAUACAAAGCUAAAACAAAUUACCAUAUAAAAAGACACAUAGUAGUGCAUCAUUUAAAAGAGCAAGAUAUUCAGUGGAACGAAUGCAAAAAAUGUCCAUUCAAAACCAAACACAAAGAAUCGUUAAAAACCCAUAUAAUUUCCCGACAUUCUAACGAAAAUGAUAUUGAAUGGUAUGAAUGCAAAAAGUGCCCUUUUAAAGCCAAAAUAAAGUCCCAGUUAACAAGACACGUGAAAACACAGCAUCUGGAUGAAGAAAAUAUGAAGUGGUAUGAAUGCAGCCAGUGUUCUUACAAAGCUAAAGAGAACUGGUAUUUAAAAGGGCACAUAAAUAGACGUCAUUUGGAUGAAAAGGACAUCAAAUGGUGCAUAUGUGACCAGUGCCCUUACAAAACUAAAAACACUGCUUAUUUAAAGCACCACAUAAAUAGGCGGCAUUUGGACGAGCACCAGAUUAAAUGGUAUGAAUGUCAACAAUGCCCCUACAAAGCCAAAACAAACUCCCAAUUGCAAAAACACAUAAAUGCACAACAUUUGGAUGAAUGCCAUAUUAAAUGGCAUGAUUGUGAAACUUGCCCAUACAGAGCUAAAGAUAUAUCUACUUUAAGAAGGCAUAUUAGAGUACGUCAUUUGGAUGCAAAUGAUAUUACAUGGUACAGGUGUGAAAAGUGUGUUUAUAAAGCUAAAGAAAAAUCAAACUUGAAAAGACAUAUACGUAAACGCCAUCUGGACCAAUAGAAGAUUAAAAUGAAUGUAGCAAUAUAACAACAUUGAGAAAGUUUCUUGAAUAGUAUUUUCCUGUUUUUUGGUUGUUUUUUACCGAGAGAACAAUAAAUAACAUGUCAAAAUGGACCUUUAAAAAUCCAUGGGUGUCUUUGAUAAUGCUUUUAUUGCUCUUUCGGUAUUAUUAUUAUUAUUAUUAUUAUUUUUAAAAUUGGAGUUUAUAACUGUGCUAAAAGU